CUCCUAAUAUUUGACAAUCACACUCUUUUAAUUUGCUAUAAGCUUCGUUACGUUCUACUUCUAUUUAUCAAUUCUGGCUGUGAGCUAGGUUUUAUCAGAAUGGCAUUAUUAAUCUCUACUGCUGCCAUGAAACACUGCGUUGUAUCUUUAGCUUUGACCCAUAUCUUCAUAUUGUUGUUCUUGGCAUUUAUAGUGGAAGCAGAUGACUAUAUCCCCCACACCGCCGCUGCUGGAGUACUCGAAAAUGAGUAUCUGCACGGCAGUGGAUACUCAUCAUCGUCUGAAGAAAAUGGAAGAACAUUUGGUGAUGAUGAUGAUCCGGAUCAUAUUACUAGCAAAGCCCUUCUGUGUUUCAAUGACAAGAAUAUUUACAGUGGCUGUGAGGAAACUUACAGACUGACUCAGGCUGGGGAACUCCAUGUGCCACCUGAAUAUACAGAUCAAUUCUGCAACGGGGCGUGCCUCAAGGAGACUUAUCUCGUCUUAAACUGCGUCGGAUCCAUCUUAUCACGCUUCGUGUUUUAUAACAAGGCGACGAUAAAGGAUGUGAAGGAUACCAUCAAGGAAGCAUGCAGCCUCGGUUGGAAAAGAGGUGACUUCGAUGUGGAGAGAUUUAUACAAAGUGAUGAGAGCAGUGCCCUUCAGGCUUCCAGUUUUAUGGUCCAUUGCCUAGUUUCCAUCAUGGUAGCUUGGUGUUUCUUUAUUUAAAAGCUUGCUUGUAUGAUAAAGAUGAAGGUAGUUAAAAGUUAGGUAGUUAUACAAUAAGUCCCUGAAUUAAACUUUUUUUUUUUUUUUAAUUAUUGAGUAAACCAUGCCUUUUGACUUGGGUGCUCCAGGCUA